UUCUACACUCCACUUCCAAGUGGGGAUAAAUAGAGCUUAUAUAAGAACAGAACAGGGCCUUAUUUUUCUUUCUAAAAGCAAUAGUUAACACAUCUUCAUCUUAUCACAAGAUUUGAGUUUGUGAGAGAAAAGAUUGAAUCUUUAGAGGGCUGAGGUGAAGUGUCUCAUCGUAUCAUAUGGCUAAGAUUAUUGGACCAAAAUGGUGUAAUAAUAUGAGGGUCAUUGGAGUUCUUGUUGUAGCUUCAUCAGUGUUAUUAGUUUCAGCUAAUGAAAUUAGUAUUGAACAGAAAGAUAUUGAUUCCAAUUAUGUCACCAGAGUCUCCAAGAUUAAUUCUUCACAUCAAGUAACUCGAUCAGGAUAUACUCAUGUUUGGCCAGACAUGAAAUUGGGGUGGAGAAUUGUGGUGGGAGGUAUAAUUGGAUUUCUUGGGGCAGCAUUUGGGAGUGUUGGAGGGGUUGGUGGUGGUGGGAUUUUUGUCCCAAUGCUCACUCUCAUUGUUGGGUUUGAUGAGAAAUCAUCAACUGCAAUCUCAAAGUGCAUGGUUAUGGGGGGAGCAGUUGCCACUGUAUUCUACAACUUAAGGCAAAGACAUCCAACACUAGAAUUACCCAUCAUAGAUUAUGACCUUGCACUUCUAUUUCAGCCAAUGUUGAUGCUUGGGAUUAGUAUUGGAGUCUCUUUUAAUGUCAUUUUAGCAGAUUGGAUGAUCAUACUCUUACUUAUCAUUGUAUUCCUCAUCACAUCAACAAAGUCUUUUCUCAAAGGCAUUGAAAUUUGGAAAAAGGAAACAAUAAUGAAAAAGGAGGCUGCUAGACGCUUACAAUCCAAUGGAAAUGAUAAUGACCAAGUGGAAUAUAACAACACAAAUAGUACAUCAGAAACCAAGGAAUCCAAAACAACAGAGGUUCCUAUUUUGAAGAAUAUUUAUUGGAAGGAGCUAGGACUACUUACAACUGUUUGGACUGUUAUACUUGGCCUUCAAAUUGCCAAGAAUUACACAAAAAAUUGUUCAGUAUUGUAUUGGGUACUAAAUUUCUUGCAGAUUCCGGUGACAGUUGGAGUAACAUUAUAUGAAGCAAUUAGCCUUUACAAAGGAAAGAGAGUAAUUGCAUCAAAAGGAGAAGUAGUCACAGUUUGGAGAGUAAAGAAACUAAUCAUUUGUUGUUUUCUUGGUAUAAUGGCUGGAAUGAUUGGUGGGUUACUUGGUCUUGGUGGUGGUUUCAUAAUGGGACCUCUUUUCCUAGAACUUGGAAUCCCUCCUCAGGUGUCAAGUGCAACAGCAACUCUUGUUAUGGCAUAUUCUUCAUCCAUGUCUGUUGUAGAAUACUACCUUCUAAGAAGGUUUCCAGUUCCUUAUGCUCUCUACUUUGCAGUUGUGGCUACAGUUUCUGCUCUAGUUGGGCAACAUGUGGUAGGAAAGGUCAUCAGUAUAAUAGGAAGAGCAUCAUUGAUUAUCUUCAUUUUGUCUUCAAUGAUCUUCAUUAGUGCAAUAACACUAGGUGGGGUUGGCAUAUCAAACACAAUUGAAAAAAUUCACAACAAGGAGUACAUGGGAUUUGAAAAUCUGUGUCAUUACUGACUCAAAUUGUUACUUAGAGAGAGAGAGAGAGAACACAAUGUAAUGUUGCUAUAACAAAAACAAAUAUUGAUUUAAUAUAAUAGUUGAGAAAGUUUCAUUAAGAUUCUCAAGCUUGUUGGGCUUUCUUGAUAAAUUAAUGAUAUUAGUCAUACAUAACUAAAACUUUUGCAAUAU